AUGCGAUUGGAGAUUUCUGUGUACCAUGUAACUGGAUCUUUAACGAAUGUAAAGAUAUUGCAAUUUGCAAAGGGCAAAAGUGUGUCUGCUCUGCUGGAUACUAUGGCCAAUAUUGUUAUUACGAAUGUGGUGACAAGACUUACGGCCAUGGAUGUCAAAAACAGUGCGGAAAAUGCUAUUACUCUUAUAGAGUGGGCUACUCCUGUGACCAUGUUCACGGAAAAUGUCCUUCAUCACAUUGUGAAGAGAGCUAUUCUGGUCCAAAAUGUGAUAUACACUGCCCAAGCUUCGGAUACUAACUGGAGACACAUGAAUGUUCACUAUCCCCAAUUCAACAAGCCACAAACAUUUAAAAUUACUAACUUGGAAUCAGAAACGCAGUAUCUUGUUCGAAGUGUUAUCAUAACAAGUGGAAAUUGGCAAACAGGUAAUCAUUUAAAAACUAGUAACUUUACAACAAGGUGUAAAGACAUUUCCGAGGGCGAUAUUAAUAUUGAGGCAUCUAACAGCACUGCAAGAAUAUAUUUAACGCCGGGCAAUGCAGUUACUUGUAAAUCGUACACCAUAAGGUUGUUUGAACAAGGUACUGGUUUUUCAAACAGCAGCGGUACUUUUUUUACUAAUUUGGAGCCAUACAAAAGUUACACGGUCAAAGUUUGUGGCAUACAAAAAACACUUGAAAAAAAAUUUACAACCGACGAAGGAGUACCCACUUCGGUUUCGUCUUUUGCGGCUACAGCUGCAUCGGCUACGACUGCGGAUCUAAAGUGGACCGAACCAUCGUCUAUCAAUGGUGUUUUUAAACGCUACGUUGUAGAAUACCGACAUAUAUCUUAUGUGGGUUGUAAUUUUCCUUCUAUUGAGCCGCCGACGAAAUCUCGGCGAGAAACAACAGACACUUCCAUAACAAUCACCGAACUGAUUCCUUAUUCAUUAUACAACUUUUCCGUAUUUGCGGUUAACACAAAAUUCAAUGGGCCGCCUGUUUCUCAAUCAACAAUAACACCCAAUUCUGAGACGAUUCAACCAAAAGAGACACCCACUGUCGUCGGCAUAAACACUACACAUGUCAGUGCAAACAUCGUACUGUCUAAAAUAAAAUGUGAGGACUUUCGAGGUCCACUUAUAGUGGAAAUGAAGACUACAUGCACCAGCGAAUGGUGUCAAGGAAAAAAUAGAGAGCCCAGAACCGAUCAAAAAAUAUUCCCGAAUGAAGUCAUCCUAGGAGUUAUGCAACUCGAACCUUUCUCAGAAUAUGAUCUAGAGCUUAAGUUCUGUCGCGAAACCGAAAGUUGCACUGCACCAGAAAAGAGAAAAUUCAAAACAAUGACUUCAGUACCGAGAGUCGUCACCGAUUUACUUGUUUACACGAAAAAUGCAUCGUCUGUUUCGCUGAGGUGGAAACCACCCUAUCCACCUACUGGUAUUUUAAAAGAUUACACAAUUAAUUACUCUAGUUAUCGUAAAAAGAUCAACCAGGAAACAGUUAUGCCAAUUACACCGUGCACGCUGUGGUCUGAGCUUCAUUGUGCUACAUUAUCCGACUUGCCAGUUGAUGCAUAUCUUACAUUUAAAAUUUAUGCAAGAAACGAAGAUCCGGACGGUUAUGGACCAUCGAAGGAAGUACAAACCUUUGUAAGAAUUGAGAAAUCUAAGUCUCCGUACGACUUAGUGCUCAACUGGACCUCACAAAACCACUUACAAGUAGAAUGGAAGCACCCAAAUGAAACAAACGGUGACGUAUCUUACUUUGGAAUUCAAAUUCUUAAUUCGGCUGGACGUCGAGACGCAAUAAUUGAUGAGCAAAAGUUAGACGUGUCGAGAGAAACAUACAAUUUAACAUACCAGCACGUGGUUAACGGUUCAGCACUGUCCCCAACAACUUCCUACAAAGUAGCUGUCUUUGCCUUCAACGGCGAAUACGGAGAUACGACAAAAGGGACGACAACAAGUCCACCUGACGUACCAACCUUAUCAGAAUCAAAAGAACCCGAAUUCGUUAGUUCAAACGAUUCAUUUAAAAUUUCGGUUUUACCAAACAAUGUGCGAGGAUUUACCGACAUCUAUCGACUGUUUGUUCUAAAAUCAGACAAACAACCCAAUCUCGAACAAUAUCCAAACCUACAAGAGUAUGACCUGAAAAACUUGAAAGUCGUUGUUGAGUGCAACGUUUCGCAAAUAUCAGAAAAGUUAGAAAUAAAUAUUGGAAGCCUUCCGCAGAAUCCACGUUGCACUAACCAGGACAAUUUUGCCCUGCAGCCAGAAACUAAUUACAGCAUUACAAUUGUUUUGCUAAACGUUUUCAGAAAUGAAAGUAGAGCUAGAAUAUAUCGAUUUUACCAAACAACACUCGGGGAACCUACGACAGAAGGAACGACAACGAGUCCACCUGACGUACCAACGUUAUCAGAAUUAGAAGAACCCGAAUUCGUUAGUUCAAACGAUUCAUUUAAAAUUUCGGUUUUACCGAACAAAGUGCGGGGAUCUACCGACACCUACCGACUCUUUGUUCUAAAAUCAGACAAACAAAGUAACCUCGAAAUAUACCCAAGUCUGCAAGAGUAUGAUCUGAAAAACAUGAAAGUCGUUAUCGAGUGUGACGUUUCACAAAUAUCAGGAACCUUUGAAAUAUAUAUCGGAAGCCCUCAGAUGCAUCCCAAUUGUAUCGGCAACGAUAAUUCUUCUCUGCAAACAGGAACUACUUACAAUAUUACGAUCAUUUUGCAAAAUUGUUUCAAAAAUGAAAGUAGGGCGACCAUUUAUUCGUAUAAACUAAUGGUGCCGUUGGAGCCAGUCGUUGCUAAUUAUAGCUUCUAUUGGUUCUGUGUGUUAUUGGUACUAAUACCGGUUGUGCUAUUUUUUGCUUUUAAAUGGCACACAAAGAAAAAUGCUGGAGCUUUAUAUGAAAAUCAGAGAUCAGGAAACAGAGUAGAUCGUCAUGCAAUGGACAUUCCUUUAGAAACCACAAAACAAAUUAAACGAAAAAGUAGCAGCCGUCGUAAUACUAGUGGCAAUCUAAGCUCUUAUUCAAAAAUCAUCGAACGGAAAGAUUUUCAAAGUUAUACUAAAACGUCGCUAGACAAUGAAGAACUAAAACACCAACACGAGGCAAUUCUGGCAACCAGUUCCACCUACGAAUGUGUACGAGAUACACUGAACCUCGAAUACGUGAACAUGAAUUAUAUUAGCGGUCUUAAAAUUCAAAAAACUUACGCUGUGACCAAAGUACCGACUUCCGACGAAUACGACGAAUUUUGGAAAACUAUAUGGGAUGAAAAUAUUAGUCACAUUAUACUGUUUGAAGACAUCCACACGAGCCACAGACUUGGCGUUAAACCCUACUGGCCCACCCAAAAUAAAAACCUCUAUGGUGACAUCACCGUACAAUGUACUACGUCCGAAGAACACCACCUAUUCAAGUACAGAAAAUUCACGAUUAAACUUAGAAACAAAUCUCGAAAGAUCGACCAAUUACAUUUCCUGAUAGACUCAGACGACAAGUGUUACUUAUCCUCCUUCAAUUACGUCAAGUUUUUCCAAAAUGUGACAAAAAUUCCGCAUUCUUCCAAAUCACCGAUUCUUGUCCACAGCAGUUCAGGAAUGAGAGGAGCCGGAUUCGUUCUGCUUUGUGACAUAUCUUUGAGAACAGCCAUGAAAGACGGAGCAAUCGAUGUCGUGGCAAAUCUCAAAAACCUUACACACUACACGCCGGAGAUGAUGGUGGAUUUCGACCACUACGUGUCAGCGCAUACCGUCAUCGCGGAUUGUCUUCGCCACGUUGACACGGGCAUAAACUGCAACGACUUCGACGUUGCCAAACAAGAGCUCUUCGACAAGACCGAAAUCCAGAAGCACCUUCAAUAUCUGCAGGAUACUGACUGGUUGGAUCGAUUAAAAUACGAGGAUGACGACGAACACUACAUGUACAGUCAAGCCAUCUUUCCAAAAAGUGCAGACAACAUUCCGCUCGUACCUUGCAGUUCUGGGGAUGAUGAUUCUUGCUUGAAACGAUUCAACGUGGUCAAAGUUUACGGUUUUAAAGCCCCGAAAAAGUUUCUAGUGGUGCAAGAACCUAAAGCGAAUCCGUUGAGCGACCUUUUGCAUCUAGUACAAGACGAAAGGGUCACAGUGCUGGUGACCCUCAACGAAAACAUUUUUUCGUGGCCUAGUAAAAACUAUCCCGUGAUGAAAAUAAACUCAGGCGUCGUAUUGGAACAUCAACUGACGAAAAACUUUGAAACUUACGAUUGGAUAACUGUGAAACUCACUACUGCAACCUUUUUGCAGACAAGUCAAACUCUGGAAGUUAUUUCUUUCAAGAACUGGCUGGCGCCGAUUAUGUCGUUACCAAAGUCUGAGGAUUUUACAAAUUUCGUUAGCGAGUCUAACGAGAUUUUUAAAAAUGAAGAAUUGGUGCUUAUUACGGAUUGUGGAAACGUAACUGCGUCUGGUCUAUAUAUUGCAACUACGUAUAUCAUUCAGAAAAUCAAAAAUGAGGGCAUAUGCGAUGUUUGUAGCAGUGUUAGGAUGCUUCGGCGCCACUCUGAGAACUUUGUUGUGGACAAGGAGCACUACAUGUUUCUACUAGAAGCAGCCCACAACUAUCUGAAAGAAUUUAGUUUGUAUGAAGUAAGAUGAAAUAAUUUAUAAGUGUGUUCAUAUCUAUAUUAUUUUA